UUCUUCUUGCAAACAGCUGGACGCAGCUGUGCGCAGCUGUCUGCGCGCCACCCCUCCAUCCAGCCAAGACGCGCGUCUCGCGCUCAGUCACAGCUGCCCAGGGCAUUGAAGACGCGGACUGGAGCGGCGGAGACACUUAUGCGAACUUCCCCAACUUCACUUCUUUUGUUUCUCUGUCUUUUUACCCCCCACUGAUAACAGUCACAAUUGCCCUCCAGCGCGGCUCGACGGGUUUUCUGGCGUCCAUUGGUCCACGCACGGCCCGGAGGAAGUGGUCCGUGGUCUUCGCGGUGACCGCUGUCGCCAUGGUCCUGCUGGCUCUGACCAUCGCUGUCCCGCUGUUGCUCCUCCGCUCCCCGGAGACCUCCGCUCACUACUACGAGAUGAUGGGCACCUGCCGGAUGGUUUGUGACCCAUACAGCCCCAAACCGGGGGGAGCCACCGCCAUGGAGGUGAGCCAGAACGUGAACGGAGUCGCUCCGCUGCCGCCCAUGGCGCAAGGGACGCGCGGCGAGCCUGGGCGACCUGGGAAGCCCGGACCCAGGGGACCACCGGGAGAGCCUGGACCCCCCGGACCGAGGGGGCCACCGGGAGAGCGUGGGGACAAUAAACUGGCUUUCACCGCUUUAGCCGGAGCAGCCGGGGCCGGUGACACGGGCGAGGGGGACGGAGCGAACUCCACGGUGAGCGGUUACAGGAUCGCGUUUUACGUGGGUCUGAAGAACCCGCAUGAGGGAUAUGAGGUGCUGAAAUUUGACGACGUGAUCACAAACUUGGGAAACCACUACGACCAGAGCACCGGAAAGUUCACCUGUCAUGUGUCCGGGAUCUACUUCUUCACCUACCAUGUGCUGAUGCGCGGAGGGGAUGGCACCAGCAUGUGGGCCGACCUGUGCAAGAACGGACAGGUCCGGGCCAGCGCCAUAGCCCAAGAUGCAGACCAGAACUAUGACUACGCCAGUAACAGUGCUGUGCUACAUUUGGACUCUGGAGAUGAGGUGUAUGUUAAACUGGAUGGCGGAAAAGCACAUGGAGGCAACAACAACAAGUACAGCACCUUCUCUGGCUUCAUCUUAUACCCUGAUUAAACUCCACAACAGGCGCUUUGGACUGAAACUGUCUCAACUAAAGGUUAAUCAUGUUUUUUUUUUUCUUCUUUUGCACACCUGUUCAAGUUUACAGCGCUACCUGAACCCUAUAUGUUGUAAAAAAAAAAAAAAAAAAACUAAUUGAAAGAUUUUUGUAUAUGACAUUUAUUUUAACUUGAGUUUAGAUCGAGAUAGCUAUAAAACUGUGAGAAAACUCAUAUUCCAGGUGAUUUAUGUCAUACCUUAAAGAACCCGGGAGGAAAUGUUCCUAGACUAACGUCUUAAAACCAUUUGAGGAAAAUAACGACAGGCCUUAAAGAUUAUUGACAUUUCACUGAUUGUUUAUAAGCCACUUUGUGUAAUAACAGCAAUAUUUAAAAAGAAAUAUAACUAUAUUAAGAGGACUAUUGGUGAGGCACUAUUGAGUGACCUGUUCACAACACUGUAACUUAAAUUUUGGGUCAAAAUUACAGUUUUAUUGAGAUGAUUGGCUAUGUAUGCUGAAAUGAACAGUGCUGACUUUUUUACAGAGUUCAAUCAAAACACCAGAAGAAGUCUCCUUUAUUAUUUUAAUAUUUAGUAAUAGAAUUUCACUGAGGGAUAUCAACACAAUAUUAAAUCAUUUGUUUUCCUUGUGAAAAGCAUUUUUUAAUUUAGUUAAAUUAGCUUGUGAGCUAAGUGCUAAUAUGCUAUGAUCUUCAGCAAGAUUUUGUACAUAAGUAAUAAUUAUGUAAGUGGAUAAAACAAGAUUAUUUAAUGAAGGUGGAAUACAGCUUAUCAAAGCUAUGCAUAACAAAUUACUUACUGUUCCAGUAAAAGUUGUGUUUUUAUGUGAUAGUGACAUCAAAACCAUUAAAAACAAAUGGUUUGACUAAGCAAAUCAAAUUUGUUUCACUUUUUCGUUAGCUAUGCUGAAUGAGUCUUUGUUUUCCCAAUAUGGUUCACAUUUUGGUUUGUUUUUGAUCAGAUUUUGCUCAGAAGAAUGCUUUGCAUUACAGGAAGUUAUUUCACAAUUUUUGUACUAUCCUAUCAACUAGUUAGUUAGUUGAUGAACUUGUAGUAAAUGCAAGAUUACAGACCAAGUGCUUUUAAAGGUAUCUUUACUGUUGAGUUUCCUUGUACCUUUUAAACAUUUUUUGAAUCUUUUGUUUAUUUAAUAAUAUCAAAGCGUAUGUUAGUCAAAAUAAGAAAAUCACUUCAAACUUGAAGUUUUGUUUCAUAAUGUUAAUCAAAAACACAAUCAGACAAACACAAAGCUACUGUGACUGAGCAGUAUGAGCAUGUUUAACAUGGUCGCAUAUUAGCUAAAUUAAUGCUGUGAAUAUGUUUUUAUAAAAAUCCCUAAAGUACAACAAACGAUUUAGUGUUGUGUUAAAAUCCUUCAGCCAAAAUGUGUUAUUUAUACCUUUAUUUUAUUUUCAGUUGAAAGCAAGCAGGUCAUUAUGUAUGUAAAUAAGCUAAACAUUGUAGUGAGUUUCACAUCUUGAUGCAGGUCAACAUGUAAAAAUUACUGUAACGGUUAACUUCUGUAUCAUGACGUCAAUCAUAGCAUAUUGGAAGAAUCCUAACAAGUACAUCAUUUUUCCUCUAAUACAGUAAGUCUUGAGGUCAGCAGUUGUUUAUUUUUCUGCUAGUCAGAAAGAUUAUGCAAAUCCCACUGAGCCAAAAUUUAUGAUAUGUGAUUUAAAGGUGAAACAUGAACAAAUGCGACUGUAAGUGACUGCAAACAUUUCUUAUUUAGGUUUAACAAUAUGAUUCAGUAGACAUAUCAUGUGUGCAUGUGUGUUUUGGUAUUUUAGUAAUUAAUGCUGGAGGACAUAAAUCCUUUUUGGAGGAUAUUUGUGGAGGAGUUUUUCCUCCCUAGCUGAUGCUGGAAGGCUGGGAGGACUGAAUUUGGUGGUCAGCAUAGUUUUGAGGAAUACUAAAAAGGCAAACGCUGUGCACAGGCAUGCAGGUACUUUUAAAACCAAAAUAAGUCAACCCUCUAAAACCUUUUUACAUUGUGUUGAAAUUUGGAAAUGGCACAGGAAAGCUUGAAGUCAGCCGAGUUAAUAUUCUGAAUGCAUCAAUACAAUACAAUAGAGAAAGUUGCGAAAUCUCCAAAUGGCAACUUGGAUUGCUGCAGCAUGCCAAACUGUGCUGAUUUGUGUAGUGGUCUGUGUAUAACCAAUCACAUUAAAAAACUGUUGUCAUAUUUUGUUCAUGGUUGUUUUGUUCUCAUAUAUACCAAUAAAUAAUUUUAAAAACA